AUGGAACGAGCGCAUUCGAUGCUUCGGGCGGAUCAGCCAGACACUGAGAUGGCUCCUCGCCAACGCCGUCGGCCAGUGUUGUCAUGCCGCGAGUGUCGGCGGCGCAAGAUCAAAUGCGACCACAACAACCCGUGCGCAGGGUGCGUACAAUACAAGAGGCGAUGCACCUAUCAACGCUCCAUUGAUGAGCCGAACAAAAGGGCGUCCGGCCUGUCGGCGCAGUCUCCUCCGCUGUCACCAGCGCCAUCGCAGCUAAACCCUCCGGGCAGACGGGAGCCCGCGGACAUAACCCCGUGUACAUCGGGUGAUGAACACAGCUAUGGCCUAUCUUCGACACACUACGCCACCGCGUCUCUGCACGCACUUCCGCUCUCCUCUGCGGCUGUCGGUGUUGACAGACAAUUAGUUACAGAGCAAGCCCACAAUGUGCCCAGCGUCGCCUCCAUCAGUGGUGGUCACGACCGCGUCCCUUGGAAUCGGCUGCCAUCGCAGCCAGUGCGUGAGCAUAGCGCAGCCGCCGGCCCAUAUGAUCACCUGCAUCGUUCUCAGAGCCUUGCAGGCUCUGCCGAGUCCGUCUCGCGGGGAAGCCGCAGUUCAACCCUUCAAGCGCCGUCACGAAUUAUUAAUGAAAAUGGCAACUACAGUCAGCAAUCCUCUGUCGUAACUCAAGAAUGGCAGGUCGUGUUGAAUAAAACGCGAGACCUGGGGAAAAACCGCACGACUGGCACAGCACCGGAGCUUUCUUCCAUAAUAUCAUGCUACGGCGAGAUCACAGGCAAGGACAGCGGAAAUGUUUCAUUUCAACAACCGGAAGUGGCGCAGUUGAUUACACAGGCCGCAGGAUUUCUUGGCCAAUGCAAGAAUGCCGCCAAGGGGAUCAAGAUCGGCAGGCCUACUCGCGGUCUCCAACCAGCUGAUAUUGGUCUUGCUCUGCCACCUCGCCAGACGGCCGACGCCAUGGUCAAGCUGUAUUUUACGGCAUUCGAGUCAACUCACCGUAUUCUUCACACACCUUCGUUCUGGACUGAAUACCGCAUAUUUUGGGAGCAGCCCGAGAGCACUCCGCUUGCUCUACGUCUCAAGGUCCUUCUCGCCGUGAGCAUAGGAUCAAGUCUCUACGAUCAUGGAGCUGAGGAUGCUGCUCUUAGCAAUAUAGAGAUGGUCCAUCAUAGGAUCUACGAUGCCGAGAUUUGGUUGGCCGGACCGCUGGAAAAAGACCGGCUGUCAAUCGCUGGGCUGCAGAUAUACUGUCUGACCAUCCUGGCACGACAGAUUUUCUCCAUCGGAGGGGACACCAUUUGGGCAUCAAUGGGUUCCCUUAUUCACACAGCCAUGCAGUUGGGCUUGCAUCGGGACCCACAGCACCUUCCGCCAAUGUCGUCUUUGCAGGCAGAACUACGCCGAAGGCUAUGGGCUACCAUACUUGACUUUGUUGUUCAGUCUGCUCUGGAUUCCCGGAUGCCACCCCGGAUCUCCGUGGACGAGUUUGACACUGGUCCACCACUCAACGUUAACGAUGAUGAGAUAGACGAGUCGAUUGUGAUGGCGCAAUCUCACUCCACAGACACCUUCACUGCAACUUCAGUCCAGAUCUGUCUAUUUGAGUCGCUUCCGGUCCGCCUCUCCAUUGUGCAGGCGCUGAGCAACCUUCAACGAGAGCUUACCUACAACCAUGCGCUGCACCUCAGCUCGCGACUCACUGAUGCAAUUCAGACCAGUCACUAUUGGAUGGAACGCACGAGCGGUGCCACAUUAUUUCACAAAAAUAUGCUUGACUAUCUCAUACGACGGUUCAUGAUUCCCCUGCAUUAUUCAUUCAGCAACCAGACGCGAGAAAACCGCAUAUAUUACUACUCCCUAAAGUUGAGUGUUGACGCCGGCAUCGCUCUUAUCAGUCCUGAAGGAUCUGACGCAGGCCCUGACGCCCACUUUUCGAAGCUGAUGGCCAUGGGCGGUGGGCUAUUUCGUGAAGGUAUUCGCUCUGCCAUGUCAGCCGUCACAUUGAACUUGCUCGUGCUGGCGCAGGAGCAGCAUCUGGAAGGGACCAUGCGCCGCAAUUUCCAGUCUCGGGAGGUAAUGAAGCAAGCCGUCAAGGACCUUGUCAAAUUGUCAGAGGAGCGCAUCCGGUCAGGAGAAACCAAUGUCAAGAGCCACAUGUUCUUAAAAAUGAUCCUCGCUCAGGUCGGUGCGUUGGAGAACGGUAAACCCGUCGAGUUAGAGGUUGCGCGAGCCGCGAGAGACAGUCUUGAGUUCUGCCUUGGUCUGUUAAAAACAAGAGCGGCUCACAUUGACACAGGGUCGCCGUUUGAAGCCGACCUCAUGGUAGCGGGGAUGGAUAUGGGCCAGGGGCUAGGAUCCAUUGGGUUGGACCUGUACUGGGAGUCUGUCAUAUCUGACAUGGGGUUUUGA